UAGAGACGAAAAGAGUCAUGUACUUUUAUUUCGAAAUAUCUUUAACCAUCCUCUUCUCUGUUUCAAAUGAGCUCUUUCGCUUGAAGAAGGCUUGCGAUUCUGGAAAUCUACGACGGAAAUUAAUUAGGGUUGAUGGAAGGAGAAAAUCUGAUUAAAGAUCGCGGCUUUGUGGCCGCUCCUCUGACGUUCUUCGUCGUCGUCAUCUUCCAGUUGCUAUCAAAGAGGCUAGACCAGUUGAAGAAGAAAGGGUCGAAGAACACGAGGGAAGCAGAGCUUAGAUCUGAGAUUAAGCAGCUUUUGAGAGAGGCCACUGGAUUGUCUCAGCCUGCCACGUUUGCUCAAGCGGCUAAACUUAGGAGGUCUGCAGCUGCUAAAGAGAAAGAACUUGCACAAUAUUUGGAGCAGCAGAAUAAAGAAAUUAAUCUGUCAUACGAUAUGUAUGGAAAGGUUCUGCUUGCUUCAAAGGUUUUGGUAUAUGUAAUCUUGGUACUUUGGUUCUGGAGGACUCCAAUUGCCAUUAUUGCUAAGCAGCUUGUUCAACCCUUUGGGAAUUUGCUAUCUUGGGGGACAGGAGGUCACUUGACAGGCCAUGUGAUGGUUGGGAUCAUACCGUGGCUGAUACUCUCAACCAGAGUGAGCAAAUAUGUGUGUAGGUUCGUGGAGUUCUAAACCACAGUCCUGAAGAGAGUGGAGUCUAAUGUUUUAGGAGACAUUUGUGGUCAGACUUGGUUCUUUUUCUCAUCAUCUACCUUGGCAAUUUUGUACAUGAUGUGAAUCGUAUUCUCCAGUUUGUGUUGGAUUUGACCAAUAACAAGUUGUUUUGUGUUUUCAUAGUUGUUUUGUGUUUUCAUAGUUGUAACGACAUUGGCCGAAUGUCAUUACAGUACAUCAGUCUCCACUCCUCUGACGUAUUGUCAUUUUUCAUC